CUAUCGCAUUAUUAUUAUUAGCUCAGAACGGCCUCUCAAAGCUACUGAAGCUGAGGUGCGUCAUUGAUCAUAACCAAUGGGAGAAGAAUGAGCAGCAGGUGAAACGAUCUCAAUUCACCCUUUUUCCAUCUGAGAGAUAGCAACCGAACUCGCUUGCAGGGCCCUCCCAUUCGUCAAAGUGUCGCUGUACGUUUCCGGGCGCCGUCCGCUCUUGCGGACUGGCUUUUGCGAAGUAGAGAUCUUUACUCGGCUCUGCUCUCGAGGAGCGCCAGUUCGUCGAUCUUUAUCGACAUGGAUGCAUGAAGCUGAUGAAGCAUCCCGUGAGAGCGGGAGGCGCAAGCUCUCGGGCCGAAUACACAUCUUGGGACUUGGGAAUGUAGGGACUUUUGUUGCUCAUUCGCUUGCAAGUCGGCCAUCUCCGCCUCCUAUUACCCUCUUGCUACAUAGUAGGAAUCUUUAUGGGGCUUGGUUAGCAAAGAAAAAGUGCUUAGCGGUCAAUACAAACGGCCUCGAUGAUAUCAAGACGGGCUUUGAUGUCAACGUAUUGAGUGACCGGACUUGGUAUUCGCUACCGUAUUGGAAUCAAAAUGGCGAGCUCAAUACAAAUGGUGAUAGCGUUACAGAAGAAAAUUUGGAAGCCGGCGUGGAAGAGUCUCUUUCCCAGUCGGAGGAGGAUGAUGAACAUAUCGAAUGUUUGAUUGUUGCGGUCAAGGCACCCAUGACCGCGAGAGCCCUGGAAUCAGUCAGUCACCGCUUAACCCCUGACUCUACUGUACUCCUUCUGCAGAAUGGCAUGGGCACCAUCGAGGAGAUCAACGAAAAAGUUUUCCCUGACCCGCAUCAACGUCCACAUUACAUGUGUGGCAUCAUUUCGCAUGGCUUGGCGCGGAAAAGGGACGCCUUCCAUGUUACUCAUACCGGUAUCGGAACUACUAUAAUCAGUCCUGUCUUGCCGCGUGAUGCCUUGCCAUCAAAGGAUGAAAAGGAUACGGAUUGGGCACCGAGCACGAAAUACCUGACACGCACUUUGACCCUCACGCCGCCGCUCGUGGCUGUCGCCGAAACUCCUUCGUCCCUUCUACUAUAUCAACUGGAAAAAGUGGCAUUGAAUGCUAUCAUAAAUCCCCUUACGGCUCUGAUGGACUGUGAGAAUGGCGAGAUUCUCUACAACUAUAGCUUCACCCGCGUGAUGCGUAUGCUCCUCAUCGAGAUCUCGAGUGUCAUUUGCGCCUUGCCUGAAUUGCAAGGUAUUCCUGGCAUUGAGAACCGCUUUGCACCAGAGCGGCUUCGAUCGAUGGUGACGAAGCUCGCGAACCAGACUGCCAAGAACACCAGCUCCAUGCUGGCCGAUGUGCGAUCUGGAAAAACCACGGAAAUCGAGUAUAUAAACGGCUAUAUAGUGCGCAGGGGGGAGGAGCUUGGCAUCAAGUGCGCGGUUAAUUAUAUGAUCAAGCAUCUGGUGCUCGCCAAACAACAAAUGGUGAAGCAAAGAGUGUCCGGAGCUAUCCCAAUCGACGUUUUGGAUGGCUCUAAAUUAUGAACAGCUCUUCGCCCUAAAUUCCGAGUCUAGUCCUUCCUCGCGCUCGAGGUCAGUCGCCACUGGCAGCACCUCGCUUCCUCAGCAGGAUACCGCUUCCAAGGCUGUGUCGCAGAGGCCUUUGAUCUGCUUCCAACGCCUGAGCAGCGUGCUCACUUUCCCGGUGUACUUCUGAUCCGUUUCUCUGAGACUAAGGGCUUCCAGAGCGGCGAUUGUCUUGUCUGCUUCCUUCGCGUAUGCGCGAAUCCAUUCUUGGAUGAUUGCAUUAGAUUUCUGGGCGUCGCAGCCCUUUGUCGAAUAACCAAGGGCAUAGUUCCGCCAAUCUCUUCUUGUCAUGUAUUUCAGACAAGCGGCAAUCUCGGUUCGAUAGCAGGCACCUGUGGUGGUAACCUCAUAAUUGCUGGAUAUUUAAAAUCAUGAGCAUUUGAUAUUCGCACAAUACGGCAGCAAGCUAGAGAAUGAAAU